UAUUACGACUCCUCUUUGGCUUUUAAUUCUGUCAAAGCGGGAAUAUUGUAACUGUUCAUGUAUCUAAUUCUUCUGGGAAACUGAUUUCUAGACUUUUUGACCGUUCUGUUUUCCUCUGUUUUUUCACCCCUUUUAAUCUUUGGUGGGUUCUGUUUUUCUUCCCAGUAAUGAUCUCUGACCUGAAAAUUAUUUGAUUUUGGCUAGAUGUAUCAGAGUGCUAGUUUUGAUUCUUGAAAAAUAUCAGCUCUUUUUUUGUCCUCUCAAACUUUGGAAAGUGUGAGCUGCUGAUUGUAUUGUUUGUCGUAUUGGAUUACAUAAAUGUUCUUUCUAUUUCUGGUGCAAGCUGGUAAAUCAUUUUGAUUUUUGAAUUUUUAAUUUCGUAGUAUGUUGGAUUGCACUCUCAUCUUUUAUGAUUCUCCAUUUGCAGCUUGAGAGUGCAAAUCAAUACAUGGGAUCAAUGGAAGAGCCAUCACCUGAGACAAAUUACACCAAGCCCUUGGGGAUCCGAUUCAUAGAGUACAUAAAAAGAUCGAAUAUUUCAUACAAAACCCACCAAGUUAUUGUUUUGAUUGUUACUUUUAUAGCCUAUGCAAGCUACCAUGCUGCCAGGAAGACCACUAGUGUGGUCAAGAGUACUCUUGAUCCUGCUUCUGAUGAGGUCAGCCUGAAUUCCUUGCCAUGGAGAAGAAGACCCUUUUCUUGGAUUCUUGGGGAUGGAUGGGCACCAUUUGAUGGAUCAGAUGGAACAGUCUUGCUUGGGGAAAUUGAUGUAGCUUUUCUAGCUGUUUAUGCUAUAGGAAUGUACUUUUCUGGUCAUUUGGGGGAUAGAAUAAACUUGAGGAUUUUCUUGACUAUAGGAAUGGUGGGAACAGGUGUGUUUACUUCACUGUUUGGAAUUGGGUAUUGGGGAAGCAUUCACAGCUUCUAUUACUAUCUUGCGGUUCAAAUGCUUGCGGGUUUGUUCCAAUCGACAGGGUGGCCUUCGGUGGUUGCAGUGGUUGGUAAUUGGUUUGGGAAGAAGAAGAGAGGGUUGAUAAUGGGGAUAUGGAAUGCCCAUACUUCUGUUGGGAACAUUACUGGGUCUUUGGUUGCUUCUGCCCUACUGCAAUAUGGAUGGGGUUGGUCUUUUGUAGUGCCGGGUUUGAUGAUUGCGACAAUUGGUUUGGUUGUUUUUCUGUUUUUGCCUGUUACUCCUGAGUCUGUGGGAGUUAGUGAAGAGGAUGAAUCGGAUUCUCCGAAGAAAAGUGGGGCGGAAGUGACUUCACCAUUGUUGAUAUCAUCAAGGGCAGAGGUGAAGGAUCAGCCUGUGGGGUUCAUUGAAGCUUGGAAAAUUCCUGGUGUUGCUCCUUUUGCUCUUUGCCUGUUCUUUUCCAAAUUGGUGGCUUAUACAUUUCUCUAUUGGCUUCCUUUCUACAUUAGCCAUACAGCUAUUGAUGGGCAGUACUUGUCAGAUGCAGCGGCUGGUAACUUGUCGACAUUGUUUGAUGUUGGAGGUGUGCUUGGAGGAAUCCUUGCGGGACAUAUUUCUGACCGGUUGGAUGCUAGAGCGAUAACAGCUGCUAGUUUCAUGUAUUGCGCUAUCCCUGCUCUCUUUUUCUACCGGAGCUAUGGGAGCAUAUCUUUAACUGCAAACGUUAUCCUUAUGUUCAUCACCGGCAUGUUUGUUAACGGGCCAUAUGCUCUAAUAACAACGGCCGUCUCAGCAGACCUGGGAACUCAUAGCUCAUUGCGUGGAAACUCAAGGGCAUUGGCAACUGUAACUGCUAUUAUUGAUGGAACAGGUUCUGUAGGGGCUGCAAUUGGUCCAUUGUUAACUGGCUACAUUUCUGCCAAGAGCUGGAGUGCAGUUUUCACAAUGUUGAUGGGAGCAGCUCUAAUUGCAGGGUUGCUUCUAACAAGGCUUGUUGUAGCCGAAGUGACUGCAAAGAUCGAAGAAUCAAGAUCACGCAGGGGGUCUACGUCAAGGUCUCAACCUGCAGUGAUUGAUGUGUGAUUUUAGUGGUUUUCAUUUCCAUUGUAUCCACAAGUUCUGCUUCAAAGCUCGGAGUUCCUGCUCAUCAUAUUAAAUAGGAGGAGGACCUCUAUUAGGGAUAAAGGAGAUGAUUUUCUUAAACCUUCUCCAUAUUGUUAGAUAAAGGGGUGGGGUGAUUAGUGUUGUGGCUUUGUAAUAUAUAUGUGUAAUUGUGUAUACAUUUUUUGUAUGUCUUGUGAUAUUAAUCACAGCAUGAUUCAUAUUCAGAUUGGUGACAAUCUCACCAGAAAAUUGAAUUUCUCUUUGUUCCUCUU